GCGGCGGGAGGCCCCGGCGGCCCAGGCGCGGAGGGGGAGACGGUCCCAAGAUGGCGGCGCUGCAGGCGGAGCGCGGGUACGGGCUGUCCUGCGGCCGCCUCGGCCGCGGCACCCGCGUCUCCGUCUUCCACGUCAAGCUCACGGAGAGCGCCCUGCGCGCUUUCGAGAGCUACCAGGCCUGUAAGGAUGCUGUGACAUCAAAACCAGUAAUCCAGUUUCAAGGAAGCCAAGGGCACAUCGCUAUUCCAAGGCCUGAUCGACCCACGGAAGUGCGGACUUUCACAUUUUAUCUUUCAAAUAUUGGCAAGGACAGCCCACAAGGGAGUUUUGACUGUAUCCAGCAGUAUGUAUCUAGCAAUGGCAAUAUCCAUUUGGAUUGCCUGGGAAGCAUACAGGAUAAAAUCACCGUGUGUGCUACUGACGAUUCCUACCAGAAGGCAAGGCAAAGCAUGGCACAGGCCGAGGAGGAGACUCGCAGCCGGAGCGCUAUAGUCAUUAAACCUGGGGGGAGAUACGUAGGCAAAAAGGUUCAGGUGCGUAAACCUGCACCAGGAGCUUCCGAUGCUGUUCCCUCCAGGAAGCGUCCAACGCCAGUCAACCUUGCCAGUGCAAUAAAGAGAGGCAAUAGUGCGAUUUCUCAGAGACCCUUCAAAGACAGGGUUGUGCACUUACUGGCACUAAAGCCUUAUAAGAAACCUGAACUAAUUCUCAGAUUGCAGAAGGAUGGACUUUCUCAGCAGGACAAGGAUUUGCUGGACAACCUUCUGCAACAGGUGGCAAAUCUGAGUGCCAAGGACAGCACUUUCACGCUGAAGGAUUGCGUGUACAAAGAAGUGCAGAAGGACUGGCCUGGCUACUCAGAAGGAGAUCAGCAGUUGCUGAAGAGGAUACUUGUUCGGAAACUCUGUCAGCCACAGAACAGCAGCGGUUUUCAAGGAGAAGCGCCUUCCCUGAGUCCACCGAAAGACAACGUGAACUCCAGCUCUCCUCCUCAGAAACGAUCCCAACCCCUGGAGUUUAUCGAUCCCCUGGCCAACAAAAAGCCCAGGAUCUCGCAUUUGGCUCACAGAACUCAGCCCACUUUCAACGGGAAAUUGAAUUCCUCCAACGGGAAGGACGCCCCGACCCCAGCCCCUGCCCUGCCGCCGGCUCUCCCGGAGUCGGUGAGCUCCAGCUCCAGCCUCCCGGUGCUGGAGCUGCCCAGGCCUCACGAUCCCCUUUCGGAUGUCAGCAACGACCUGACUCACAACGGCAGAGACUGUGAGAACCCGGAGACGGCUGACAGACUGACUCAUCCUUUGCCGACAGACUGUCCCCAAACGAGCAAGCACAAUUGCAGCUCGUAUGUAAAAACCAAGAAAAAAUCCAAAAAGCACAAAGACAAGGAAAAGGAGAGAAAGGAGAAGAAAAAUGAAGAGAAAUGCAAAGAGGAGAAGCAGGACUGUGAAGUAAUAAAAAAUGCUGACUUAGUUAGUGUUCCCCAGGAACAGGUCACAGGUUUAAAUGGAACAUGCAAUAAUUCUAGUGUACCAACAUCAACUUCAGAAAUGCCAGAUUAUUUAUUAAAAUACGCGGCCAUUUCCUCUUCGGAGCAGCGUCAGAGUUACAAAAACGACUUCAAUGCAGAAUACAACGAGUACAGAGACUUGCACGCCCGGAUAGAGAGGAUAACUCGACGGUUUACGCAGUUAGACGCCAAGCUGAAGCAACUUUUGCAGGGCUCUGAAGAGUAUAAGACCAUCCAUGAUCAAAUUUUACAGGAAUAUCGGAAAAUUAAAAAGACUAACCCCAAUUACAGCCAAGAGAAGAACCGCUGCGAAUACCUCCACAACAAACUGGCUCAUAUUAAAAAACUGAUAGCAGAGUAUGACCAACAGCAGUUUUAGCUGGCACUAAUCCGGACUGGGUAGGGCAAAAAAAAAAAAGUCACCUGGACGUUACGUUCCCUUUUAUACAACUAGAUUCCUUUCAGAGACGGGCGUUAGUUCCUCGUGGUUGAAGAACUUGGGGAUUACUUACGAUGCCGGAUCUGUCAUGUCCGCGCCUGAGUCGGGUCGCAAGCCCAGAGCCCGGCGCGGUCCUCUUGAGUUUUAGCCUCUCUGAAUGUUGGAAUGUAACAAAUGAAACAAAAAAAAAAAAAGAAAAAAAAAAAAAAAAGAAAAAAAAGGAGAAAAAAAAAAAAAAGGAAAAAAUUAAUCUGCUUAUUUGAAGCCAGCAUUUGACACUUAAGGGAAAACUUACCUAAAGUGAAUGAAGCUCCCAAAGGUUAAGAAUCAGUAGUUUCAAUGGAUUAAAGUUUGGCAUGAAGUGUAAUUACCCCUGGCCCGGGUCCGCUGGGUUACAAAUUGUCCUUCAAAUGGUGAGGAACUGGAAUGCUGCUAGGUUACCUCCUUCUCUGGCACCUGCGACUGUUCAUAUGCAAGCUGUCUGCUCUCCAUGGCACCGCGUUAAAUACACCACGUACCCAGA